CUUCCUGUUUUUAGUACCAGUGUUCAAACUCAUAGCCAACCUUGUGUUCACUCAGCUUGUACAUUCAUGGCUGGUGCUCUACCACUUAAACUGCAUUUCCAGCCUGACUUUUUUUGGUUAUUUUGAGAAUGGUGUCUAGCGGACUUUUCUGCUUGGGCUGGUUCAGACCUUGAUACUCCAGGUCUCUUUAGUAGCUAAAAUUAGUCGUGAGCCACUGACUUCUGUUGUCUUCCAUUCUCCUGCCCACUUCUUUUCUCCUUCUUUUUUCCUCUCUCCUCUUCUCUAGAUAGAUAGAUAAAUAGGUCUUCAUAUUGUGCAUCUGACCGAAGAUUUUUGCACAUGAUAGGCAAGCACUGUACCACUGAGCUACAUUCCCCAGUCUUGACUCUCAGCUCCUUCAAAGACCAGGACAUCAACAAAUGAUUGUUAAACAAAUGAUAACCAUCUUCAGUUCACAGCACCCAGCACAGCACUAAACUCCACAGAUGUUCCCUGAGUGUGGUCCGAUAUGAACACUGUGUUUGUGUGAUUGGUGUAGUGAAGGUACAGGAAGCUGUGUCCUUUAUAACUUUUUGACUGGCAGGAGCCGAGGGAUCAUCUGAAUUGUUUUUGUUACUUCUCUUCAGGCAUGGGUUGAAAUUGGAGCCUGACCCCCAACCUGAAGGCAGCCAGCAUCAUGUGGUUACCACCUGCUCUUCAUUUACCUGUUUAUGCCUCCCAAAAAAAGACACCAAAGACGGUCCCUGAAAGGCCAGCUGCUCUUCCAGCAACAGCCACUGGAGGGCCCCAAACACCACUAUGCUUCUCCACAGCCUCCAGCCACACGUACAGUCCAGGUGCCCAGCAAGCCCAUCGACCGCAGCUCCAUCACUUCCUGGGUCUUACCACAGUUUGAUACCACAGCAGAGUGCCAGUUCCCUGCCUGCCGGAAGCAUCACCGACACCCGGCAAGACAUUCAAGUCGGAAAUCCGCCGGCAGGUUUCCACAGCUGCCCUUCGAGGUUGCACGGUCCCCCAGUUCAGAGACGCUGGGGAUCCCGCCCAUCCCACAGGACCCCCAUCAGCCUGAAAAGGCUGUUUCCAGAAGAAAGCCUUUAGUUCCCCUGCUCAGCCCCCAGAGCUCCGCGGAAGCGUCGGCAUCGUCUCUUCACAGCCUACCUCAUGUCUUCAUCCCACCCGACAUCCAGACCCCCGCAUCUUCUCUCAUCCUCCCAGACCAGAAGGAAAACAGCCUCUCCACCCACAUCCUCCGCACCCCCACUGGCAAGAGCCGGGAGCCCGGCCCCGUUCUGGUGAAAGACACUCCCGAGGAGAAGUACGGGGUGAAGGUCACCUGGCGGAGGCGGAGGCACCUGCUGGCCUACCUAGCCGAGAGAGGGAAGCUGAGCAAGAGCCAGUGCCUCGUGAAGAGCUGCCCGCCCGCCCCCCCCCCCCCCCAGCCAUCCCAGACCUGCUGCCCUUCACAGAGUCGCAGGGAGAGAACAUGGAAGACUAGAGCCCUAGAGCUUUCCAGGAAUUCGGUUCCCGGAUGUGCCGUGGGCAUACUGUCUGUCCUAAACCGUUCAAUUUCAUGUCAUGAACUUCCUUCAUAUUUUCUUACAUUGACUGUGUAAAUACAUCUUGUAUAUAAAGUGUUUGUAAAUAAAUGGCUGC